GGUGUGUGUAUUUGUUUAUUUUCUUGGUUCCCCUUCAAGUUCAGCUCAUUUUUUCUUCCAAAGUGAUUUUUGCCUGUUUUGCUAUCGCGCUGGUGUUUUGGUGAAUUAAAACACGCAAUUUUAAUCGCAUUCGACGCAUUUUUAUAGCCAUCGUUAUGUACAGCUAGCUAGUCUCGGUUCCGAGUGGAAAAAUCACUACCGCACACAGCUACGGUUGUUGGAAAGCUCCAUUUUCUUGCUUGCAAAAUCUCUCACCAGCUGUUACACAUUACGCUCGUAAUAAAAGUAAUAAAAAGUGCAGCCCCAUCAACCAUCCUCCCCCACAGUACAGUUCGGCGUAAAUUAUCAAUGUGAAAGCAUGUCCUCGUCACCAUCCAGCCUGGAGGACGGUGUGAGACUACUGGGCACGGUGCAGCGAUGUGAUAGCGGCCGAAAAUCGCUCUCAGGCACCUUCGGCAACGGUAGCAACGGUGGUGCCGGACCGAGCAAAAUGAUCGAGAUGCUGCCAGCGGAACUGUCCGAAACGGAGGACAACUCGUACAUGUACUUCCGGCAGGAGGGUUUGUUUGCAAACAGCUUCCCCAAGAUGAAAGAAAUCCGUCGAAUGGGGAAGCUGUGCGAUGUAACGCUGAAGGUGGAUUCACUCUCAUUUUCGGCACACCGUAUCGUACUGGCCGCAACGAUUCCUUACUUUUACGCAAUGUUCACACACAACAUGGCCGAGAGCCGGAUCAAAGAAAUCACCAUGAAGGAAAUCGAACCAAUGGCACUGGAAAGUUUAAUCAACUUCGCGUACAGUGGUCUAGUCAAAAUCGAUACCCAAAACGUGCAGAGCCUCAUGGUCGGAGCAUCCUUCCUGCAGCUGAAUGAAGUGCGGGAUGCGUGUGCUAAAUUUCUCAAGCGCAAGUUCCAUCCACAGAACGUGCUGGGCAUUCGACAGUUUGCCGAUACACUCGGUUGCUCGAAGCUGAUCGUUUCCGCCGAUCGUUACAUCCACCAGCACUUCUCGAAGGUGGCCAACGGGGACGAGUUCGUCGCGCUAAGCUACAGCGAGCUGAUCGACGUGAUAAGCCGCGACGAGCUGAACGUGAAGAGCGAAGAGUGCAUCUUCGAGGCAUGCAUGCGCUGGGUAAAACACGACCAAGAAACUCGGUCCGAGUAUCUGCCGCUCAUCCUGGCCAACAUUCGGCUGCCGUUGCUCUCGCCCCAAUUCCUCGCGGACAAUGUAGCGACGGAAGAGCUGAUCAAAACAUCACACAAAUGCCGCGAUCUGCUCGACGAGGCAAGAGAUUUUCAUCUGAUGCCGGAGAGAAGGGCACUCGUGUCGACUACCCGCACACGGCCCCGCUGCUUUGACUUUGUCGUUGGACUAAUCUUUGCCGUCGGCGGGCUGACGAAGAACGGCGAGUCGGUCAGCACGGUCGAGAUCUACAAUCCGGCCACGAAGGAGUGGAACAUGGGCGAAGCGAUGACGAUGCUACGAUCGCGCGUCGGAGUUGCCGUUACCAACGGGAAACUGUACGCGUUCGGCGGUUUCAACGGAACGGCACGGCUUUCGACGGUAGAAAUCUACGAUCCACGGCAGCACCGUUGGUCCCAGGGCACGGCUAUGCGCUGCAAACGGAGUGCUGUCGGUGUGGCGGCGCUGGAAGACUACGUGUACGUGUGCGGUGGGUACGACGGUGUGACGAGCCUCAGCACGGUCGAGCGAUACCACCCGCGGACCGAUACCUGGAGCUCGGUGGCACCAAUGAUGAAGUACCGUUCGGCCGGUGGCGUUGCCGCACUCGGCGGUUACGUGUACGCGCUGGGCGGACACGAUGGACUCUCCAUCUUCGACACCGUCGAACGGUACGAUCCGUUCAUCGACACAUGGACCAAGGUGGUGUCGAUGCUUAACCGGCGCUGCCGGCUUGGGGUGGCCACCCUCGGCAACAAGCUGUACGCUUGCGGUGGCUACGACGGUAACUCCUUCCUACGCUCGGUGGAAGUUUACGAUCCGGUGAAGAACAGCUGGUCGCUUAUCGCGCCGAUGAACGUGAAGCGUAGCCGGGUAGCGUUGGCCGCGAAUAUGGGCAAACUGUGGGCCAUCGGAGGGUACGACGGUGAGUCGAAUCUGUCCACCGUUGAGGUGUACGAUCCGAAAACCAACACCUGGACGUUUGUGGCACCGAUGAAACACCACGGCGGUGGUGUUGGAUGCGGUGUCAUACCGACUCCCUUCCAGGAUUAAAGUCCGCUGCAAAGCACCGGCAAAGCCACCGGUGGCACACCUUUCCCACUGCAAGGCUAAAGCUACCUCUUCCUCGUCAUCUGUACACCGUCACCCUUCUGGCGGUAAUCGAUACCUGCUGCAGGCCAAGAUUUCAUCCAAAAAACGUGUCUAGUGUCGCAAUCUUAUACACACAUCCAAUGUAUUUGCGCAAAUUAGGAUCUCGCGAUAUUCGUAAAAACAGAGUUCGUUCGUGUGUAGUAUUAGGGGUAAAAUGUAGCUAAUAACUCGAGGGAAGCUCAUACCGUGCACCUUUUAGCUGAAGAAGGAAGUGUUCCGCGUAAAUGAAUAAUGCCAUUGACACUGCGUUGGGAGCGGGGGUUGAGCAUGAUCUUACCGGUUUAUCUUUCAAACGUAUUAGCUCAACAAACCACACACGUUUCGAAUAUUAUUGCACUGUUUUGCUGUGUUUUUACCGCGGGGUUUCGGCCCGCCUGGUUAAAUAAAUGUUAUGGGAGGCGUACUCUAUUACUCAUCACGCGUUGUUGCUAACUAUUCCUGUUGUACCGUGUACGCGACUGUCUAUUGUAACUGGAACUUGCCCGCGAAAAAACAAAAACACAUCCUCAUACGAUUAAGUUUGCUGCAUUAGAGCAAAUAAAUGUUUUUACACACGCAAUCCGAGCGUUUGGUUUAAGUUAAUGUGCAAAAAUGCUGCUUUAUUGUUAUUAGUAUAGUUUUGUUAGCUGCUCUCUCUCUCUCUCUCUCUCUCUCUCUCUCUCUCUCUCUCUCUCUCUCUCUACUCUAAUCGAGGGUUGUUUUCAACAUCCACGCUUCACGAGUAGCACGAAUUAAAAUUAACCAAAAAUAUAUAGCUGAAUGAACCGAGGCUAGGGGCCCUAGAAUAAAGGAACGUACGUGUAAUUUUAA